AUGGACGUGUCAGAAGGGGCUUGUGAAGUGGUGCCCACCCCACCGAUAAAAGACCCGACCUCCAAACCAAAGCAAUUCGAACCAGCGAUUCCUUCAGCUGCGUUCCAAAUUUACGACCUCGCCACCAGGGCUAUUGCACAACUGUGGAAGCCAGAUGAUUCUUCACCGUCGCUGCCCUCCCGUGGCGAAAUGAUCGCUUGGGUUAAGAACCGCCUCGCCUGGGCAAACACGAUCCUGGCUCGAGGGAGCUUCAACACUCGUAUGGUAUACGCCCCUGACUGGAGUGAUUGGCUUGAUGAAACUUCAGGUUUCCGAGUGAAUGAGCAUUUGGGAUACGGGCGCACAGGCUGGGCGUUCUGGUUGAACAAUAGAGAAUUUUGCAACUCCCUCAUGGAUGGGAUAUACAGCUCCCAUGUCUAUCGAUUGUUUGACAGCCAUGGCAAGCGGAAAGCAUGGGCUGGCGCAAAAGAGGCGAUCAUCAGUGCUAAUGAGGAGGCUGAACGACGACGCCAAGAGCGCGUACAGCGCACACAGAAGGAUUAA